GGGGACACUGGUUUAAUACCUCGUAUUUGCGAAGGGCUGUUCAACCGAAUCAAUGAGAAAACGAGAUGGAACGAAGCCUCUUUCCGUACGGAGGUCAGUUACUUGGAAAUUUACAACGAACGUGUCAGAGACCUAUUAAGGCGCAAGUCUUCCAAAACAAAUAACUUACGGAUUCGUGAGCAUCCGAAAGAAGGCCCUUAUGUCGAAGACUUGUCUAAACACUUGGUGCAAAACUACUGUGACGUCGAAGAACUCAUGGAAGCAGGAAACAUCAAUCGGACGACAGCCGCCACGGGAAUGAACGACGCCAGCAGCAGAUCCCACGCUAUCUUCACCAUCAACUUCACUCAGGCAAAGUUCGAUGCCGAAAUGCCCUGUGAGACGGUUAGCAAAAUACAUUUGGUCGACCUUGCUGGAAGCGAGAGAGCAGAUGCCACUGGCGCUACAGGUGUCAGAUUAAAAGAAGGAGGAAAUAUUAACAAGUCUCUCGUGACGCUGGGAAAUGUGAUUUCUGCCUUAGCUGAUUUAUCUCAGGAUGCUGCAAAUUCCCUCGUGAAGAAGAAGCCAGUCUUUGUGCCUUACAGGGAUUCUGUUUUAACGUGGCUGUUGAAAGACAGCCUGGGAGGAAACUCGAAGACAAUCAUGAUUGCCACUAUCUCGCCCGCCGAUGUCAAUUACGGGGAGACCCUGAGCACCCUCCGCUAUGCAAACCGGGCCAAGAACAUCAUCAACAAGCCGACCAUCAACGAAGAUCCAAACGUCAAGCUGAUCCGUGAGCUCCGGGCGGAAAUCGCUCGGCUGAAGGCACUGCUCGCUCAGGGGAAUCAGAUCGCACUUCUGGACUCUCCGACUGCUUUAAGUAUGGAGGAGAAACUUCAGCAGAAUGAAGCAAGAGUACAAGAGCUUACCAAAGAAUGGACCAAUAAAUGGAAUGAAACCCAGAAUAUCCUAAAAGAACAAACCUUGGCUCUGAGGAAAGAAGGAAUAGGUGUCGUGUUAGAUUCCGAGCUUCCUCACCUAAUAGGCAUCGACGACGAUCUUCUGAGCACGGGCAUCAUCUUGUAUCACUUGAAGGAAGGUCGAACACACGUUGGCAGAGAAGAUGCUGUAGCAGAGCAGGAUAUCGUCCUUCACGGCCUCGACUUGGAAAGCGAGCACUGCGUUUUCGAACAUUUCGACGGAACGGUCCAUUUAAUCCCGCUGAGGGGAGCGCAGUGUUCUGUCAACGGGGUUCAGAUAACGGAAGCGACGCAGCUCAACCAAGGAGCCGUUAUCUUACUCGGGAGAACCAACAUGUUCCGUUUCAAUCAUCCCAAGGAAGCGGCUAAACUGAGGGAAAAAAGAAAGAGCGGACUGCUCUCUUCCUUCAGUUUAUCCAUGUCGGAUCUUUCAAAAUCUUGCGAGAACCUCUCCGCAGUCAUGUUGUAUAAUCCAGGUCUUUUCCCUGUAAAAGGACCAAUCUGUCUCAGAUUAGAGUUUGAGAGGCAGCAACGAGAAGAACUAGAAAAAUUGGAAAGUAAAAGAAAGCUGAUAGAAGAAAUGGAGGAGAGACAAAAGUCGGACAAAGCCCAACUCGAAAGGAUGCAGCAGGAAGUGGAGUCUCAGCGCAAGGAGACGGAAAUCGUUCAGCUGCAGAUCCGAAAGCAAGAGGAGAAUCUCAAGAGGAGAAGCUUCCACAUUGAAAGCAGGAUGAAGGACUUGCUCGCCGAAAAGGAGAAAUUCGAGGAGGAGAGAUUACGCGAACAGCAAGAAAUUGAGUCUCAGAAGAAGAAGCAGGAAGAAGAAGUUUUUGUUCGGGUGAAAGAAGAGCUGCAGCGGUUGCAGGAGCUCGGGCAGAACGAAAAGGCGGAAAAAAUGCAGAUUUUCCGAGAACUGGAAAAACUCAAAAAGGAAAAAGAGGAGCAGUAUCUCAAGCUGGAAAUGGAAAAAAAGAGGCUCGAGGAGCAGGAAAGAGAACAAGUAAUGCUGGUGGCCCACCUGGAAGAGCAGCUCAGAGACAAACAGGUCAUGAUCCAGGUGUUAAAAAGAGGAGACAUGCAGAGGGUCGAAGAAGAGAAGAAGGACCUCGAAGACAUCCGGGAGUCUCUCCUGAGAGUCAAAGAAGCAAGAUCAGAAGGCGACGAAGACUGCGAAGAGCUAGAAAAGGCCCAGCAGAAGUUUAUGGACUUCAAGAGGAAGCAGUUGGAGCAGCUCAUCAGUUUGGAGAGAAACUUGGUCCAACAGAAGGAUCACCUGGAAAAAGAGGUGGCUGACGAACACGAACAUUCGGGACGUUUGAAACACCUUCAGCACGCGAAUCUUGAGAGGCACAAUGAGAAGGCCACCAACGCUGCCUUAGGCGUUGGCGAAGGUAGCAAAAUAACAUCUGAAUAUUGGCUACAGCAGAGACAGCAGCAACUCCGGCACUUGACGGAUCACGAUUUACCCGCUCUGUUGGAGGAAAAGCAGAGAACCUCGGAGGUCCUCGACAGAGGCUUGCAAAGCUUGGACAACACUCUUUAUGAAGUCGAGAAGGAAAUGGAAGAGAAAGAAGAGCAACUGACGCAGUACCAGGCCAGCGCCAGCCAGCUGCAGCAGCUUCGAGAGACAUUCGAAUUCACCGCCAACGUGGCUCGGCAAGAAGAGAAAGUUCGGAAGAAGGAGAAAGAAAUCCUCGAGUCAAGGCAGAAGCAGCAACGGGAGGCCCUGGAGCAAGCCGUGGCGAAGCUGGAAAGGCGGCACUCGGCUUUGCAACAGAGUUCUACCCUCGAUAUAGAAAUUGAAGAGCAAAAGCAAAAACUUGCGGUUCUGAACAGCAGCUGCGGCGAGCAGGCCGGCCUCCAAGCAACCAUCGAGGCGGAGCAAAAAGCCUUAGAGCAAGACCGAGAAAGAUUGGACUUGCAAAUACAGCAGCUGAAGCAGAAGAUCUGCGAAGGCGACGGCGUCGAAAGGGGGCAUCUCAGUGGCGGAGAAGAGAAGCCGUCUCUUAGCAGUUCGUCUCCUAAUGCUACAAAAACACCGCCCCAUUUUAUUCCAUUGGUCGACGAUCGAAUCAAUGCCUUUAUUGAAGAAGAAGUUCAGAGACGUCUUCAAAAUGUUCACUAUCCUUCUGCAGAGAACAAUAACAGCCUCUUCCAGUCUAUGGAAUCUUUAAAGGAUAACGAGAAGUUUCAGAACGGUGCCGUUCAGCGCAAGCUGAAGUAUGAGCGAAUGAUCUGUCGCUCUGUUAAAACAAAUCCAGAUGACCUAAAGAAUCCUAUUAAAAUUAGUAUUCCACGCUAUGUCCUUUGUGGGCAAGGAAAGGAUGAACACUACGAAUAUGAAAUAAAGAUAACAGUCCUCGAUGAGACAUGGACGGUGUUCAGGCGAUACAGUCGCUUUCGGGAAAUGCAUCAGAGGUUAAAAUUAAAAUACCCAGAGCUGGCCGCUUUAGAGUUUCCUCCGAAGAAGCUCUUUGGAAACAAGGAUGAACGAGUCGUAGCCGAGCGGCGGAAUCACUUAGAGAAAUACCUCAGACGUUUCUUCGAUGCAAUGCUCAACUCUGAGUCGUCCGCACUGUAUGUAAACAAGGAGGGGCUGACCCUGUCCAAGCAUACGAUCUGCGAAUUCUCGUCGUUCUUCAAGAAAGGCGUGUUUGACUACAGCAGCCAUGGAACCGGUUAGCUGGCGAAGGAGCAACCACUUUGCCUUGUCUUCCAUUCCACUUCCUUGUUGCCUGCACAAAAAAACCCCAAAAUAUAUACAUCUGUUUUGAAUUCUGAGAAAAUUUCCACCUGCAACACUGGUUGUUGAAGGCAGAUACAGAGCGCUGCUAAACGCAACCUUUUAAAGAGUUCUUUUCGUCAGUACUUGGUUUCUUUGCUGCCAGUGGAAUGUGGAAACUGUCGGCUCCUUGCGAGUUGAGUUGAGAAAUGACAGGACAUUCUCACGCUGGCUUUGGAGCUGCUCACGAGCUGAAGUUCUUCCUCACGUACGUUCUCAGGCCAUUUGUUAAAACCACCCUCGACUGUUCCCGAGUCACUUUGAUCGUGCUGGCAGAUGAGCCGGCGCUUAAGCAGGUUUCCUGUUUUGUUCCGUUUCUUUUUGCUCUAAUUCCGUCAUUUCGGAUCCCUGCCCGCCAAUGCG